ACACAAAUAAAAGUGAAACACGUGGAAUAUAUAAAGUAAAACCCUUUUUUUUUGUUUUUGUUUUAUCAUUUAGAAAUGUCCGCCGCUUUAUAAGUACAGUGUGUCUCCGCUUGUCGCGUUAUACGCAAUCACUCCUCGUUGCCCGCCGCCGGAACGAGCAGCAGAGAAGAUUUCUCAUAGAUUCUCGUCUUCUCUCUUCACAUUGUUUUACUUUUGGUUUUUUCUUUUCUGAUUCCUAAAAAAACAUUUCUUUCAUCCUCUUACUCAAACUCUCUCGUCUUCCUGUCCAUAUGGAUAACCAUGUGAUUGUGAAUGUGAAGCAAGAGAAGAUCUUACCAGUAACUCCCCGAGAUGAACCUAUACCUGUCGUCGAUCUCUGUAGCAGUGAUGAUGACGAGGACUUGGUGGUCGUCGGAAGCUCCGAACCAAGGCAUAAUUCUGGAAACACCGCCGGUGCCAAGAGAGCACGAGAUGCUUUUGAAGAUCUGAUCCCUGAAGGAUUCGUGUUCCCCAAAGAAUUUGUGUUCCCCGAUGAGGAUACUCCGGAAGCUGUGACGGAUGCGGUUCCGUGCAAUGCCGUCAUGCCAACGCCGACUCCGACUCAGACUCAGACUCCGACUCCGACUCCGACUCCGACUCCGACUCCGACUCCGACUCCGACUCCGACUCCGACUCCGACUCCGACUCCGACUCCGACUCCGACUCCGACUCCGACUCCGACUCCGACUCCGACUCCUACUCCUACUCCGCAGCCGCAUUCAUCGGGCGCGUCGUCCUCCAGAGGUGGGAAUCUCAAGCAGUUUUGGACAUCUACGGAUUUUGAAGCACCUAGAUGUAAUGGGGAUCUACCUUUAGGUGCCCUCGAACGUGCAAGAAUCCAUCCCAUGUUCUUACAUUCUAAUGCCACCAGUCACAAAUGGGCUCUUGGAGCCUUUGCAGAGCUUUUUGAUAAUGCUUUGGAUGAGGUAUCUACUGGAGCUACUUAUGUUAAUGUAGACGUGCUCGAAAACAGGAAAAAAGAUAGGAAGAUGUUAUUAAUUGAGGAUAACGGAGGCGGGAUGGAUCCUACAAAAAUGCGAGAAUGCGUAUCUCUUGGAUUCUCUUCCAAAAGCCAGACAGCAAACACCAUUGGACAAUAUGGCAAUGGUUUUAAGACUAGUACAAUGAGACUUGGAGCUGAUGUCAUUGUAUUCUCUCGCUGCGCUGGAAAAAAUGGAACGAGCUCAACGCAGAGCAUCGGGCUCAUAUCAUAUACAUUUCUGAGGAGCACAGGAAUUGCGGACUUUGUUGUACCUAUGAUUGACUACGAAAAAAGAGGCCCUGAAUGGAGGAAAAUAAUCCGGUCUUCACUUAGUGACUGGGAUACGAAUAUGAGAACAUUGCUUCAAUGGUCGCCAUUCUUUAGUGAAGAAGAUCUUCUUAGUCAGUUCGACCAAAUGAAAGACCAUGGCACUCGGAUAAUCAUAUAUAACCUGUGGGAAGAUGACAAAGGGUCGUUAGAACUUGAUUUUGAUGCUGAUCCUCAAGAUAUCCAACUUAGAGGCGUUAAUCGGGAUGAGAAAAACAUCACUAUGGCUUCUCUGUAUCCUAAUGCAAAGCACUACCUAACCUACAGACACUCACUAAGGAGUUAUGUAUCAAUCCUCUACCUAAGAAUUCCACCUCGGUUUCGUAUCUUACUGCGAGGAGUAGAUGUGGAACACCACAACGUAGUGAAUGACAUGAUGCACACUUUCCAGGUCACAUAUCGACCCCAAUAUGGUCCCAAUACAAAUUAUGAGGAUCCAAAUAUGACUACUAUAACUCUCGGAUUUGUCAAGGACGCAAAGUAUCAUAUUGAUGUUCAAGGCUUUAAUGUCUACCACAAAAACCGACUCAUCCAGCCAUUUUGGAGGGUAUGGUCUGCAGCAGGCAGUGGUGGUCGUGGGGUCAUAGGUGUUCUGGAAGCUAAUUUUGUUGAGCCUGCUCAUGAUAAGCAAGGUUUUGAGAAUACGAAUGUUCUCUCUCGACUAGGAUUACGGCUUAAUCAGAUUCAGAAGUCAUAUUGGAGAGACAACUGUCACAUUAUUGGCUAUAACCCACGAAAACGGACUUUUGUGAGUCAUUAUAUAAACAGAGAAGACGAUCGUGAGAGAUCUAGUGCACCAGACAUCAAAACUCCAAGCUCAUACCCGGAUCAUAAUGGGGACAAUGGUGUACACCAUGAUGCAUCAGAUGGUGAACAGUCAUUGCAAGCGGAGCUGCGACGUGAGAAAGAGAGGAGCAAGGCACUUGAAGCUGAGGAGGCGACCAACACAAUCGAAGAGCUGAUGGAUAGGAUUAAGAAGCUGGAGGUAUCUCAUGGUUCGAGUUCGAGACGUUAAACAUUGAACUUGCACAUACAUUACAUAGAGACUAAAUUAUGAAGAGGAGGUUUCAAAUCUUCAAAAUUUUGUUUUUUUUUGGGGAAAGGGAAGAAGUGUGUGUGCGUUAACUAAGGUCAACUAAAGAAGUAGGAAUCAUCCAAUAAAAAUUAAUAAAACAAAUAAAUGAAGAGAAGGCAGACCAAAAGCUCUGCAAAACUCUGUUGUAUCGAUGACACAUUAUUGUGUUGUCUGUCAAAUGCCAAAAAAAUGCCUUCUUUGUAGCGCAUUUAUCGCAUAUUGACAGACAAUACAUACAAAUAUGUCAUAUAAAAACUACAGGA